AUGUAUCGUUUUUCUUUUACAUGGUUUAUGCAAUUGUAUAUUAGAUCAAUUGAGACUUCAAAUAGAAGUGCUAUUCUUGAAAAACGUUUAGCAUAUCUGAAAUCGUCAUUUACUCAUGGUCUUCAUGCAAGUGUUUGUAGAUCCUUAUCAGAAAAACAUAAGAUACUGUAUUCUUUCUUGUUAUGUUCCAAAAUAUUAUUAGAUAAUGAAGAAGUCACAAAAGAAGAGAUAGAAUAUUUUAUGUCUCCAAACUUGUGUCACAUUAACAUAAUUUUUGACAAAAAGCCUGACUGGCUACCAAAAGAUAUUUGGAUAAAUGUUUACAAUCUUAAUAACACAUUAUCCACUUUUAAUGGUCUUGUAGAUAAUUUCUGCUGCAAUGAUGAGAUUUGGAAGCAAUAUUACACUUCCGAAACACUUCAGAAUCAGUUAUUACCAAAACCCUGGGUGAAGAAAUCUUCUUUUCAAAAACUUAUACUUAUAAAAACUUUAAAGCCUAAUAAGAUUAUAAUACAGAUUACAGAAAUAAUAAAAGAUACAUUGGGAAAUACACAAAAUUAUUCCCCACAACUUAAAAUAUCUCAAUCAUAUGCAGAAUCCAGUUGCUUAACUCCUAUUGUAUUCAUUCUACCAAGUUGUUCAUCACCUUUAUCUCUCAUUUCUGUGCAUGCAAAGACAAAGGGUUAUUUAUCAAAGUUUAUCUCUAUAUCUAUGAGUAAAAGUCAAGAGAAAAAGGCUGAAUUUCUGAUACAAAGGGCUCAGAAGGAAGGCACUUGGGUAUUUUUACAAAAUUGUCAUUUGGUACCACAUUGGAUGGUCCACCUUGAAAAAUUCUGUGAGAUUUGCAACAUUUCCAAUGUAUCUCUAGGUUUUCGAUUAUGGUUAUCUAGUUAUCCCAUGAAAGAAUUUCCAAUUAGUAUCUUGCAAAAUAGUAUAAAGAUAUCCUAUGAUUCCCCUUUGAAUAUUAAAGAAACACUGCUAAAUAUUUACCAGUCUGAACCUAUAAUAAGAAAAGAUUUUUUUGAAGGCUGUCCUGGCAAAGAUAAAGUCUUUACAAAACUUCUUUUUGGCUUAUCUCUUUUUCAUAUAAUUAUAGAAAAAAGAAAGAAUUUUGGUGUUCAAGGUUGGAAUAUACCAUAUGAUUUUGAUCAUUCUGAUUUUCACAUAUCUGCCAUGCAAAUGCAAAAUUUUAUAAAUACUACUGAUUAUGUACCUUUUAACAUUCUUCUGUACCUCAUUGGAGAAUGCAAUUAUGGAGGAAAAAUUGUAGACCAUUUUGAUAGAAGAUUUUUAAAGCAUCUUUUAAAUGAUUAUUGUAACUCUGAUAUAAUUAAAAAUCAACAAUACUCAUAUUUAAAUAAUAUAGCAAAGUUGAUACCACAAAGGUGUGAAUAUCUCCAUGUCAUUAAAUAUAUUGAAGAAAUGCCUUUAGAUCUGUCAUCUCAAGUCUUUGGAUUCAGCAAAAAUGGAGCUAUUAUUCAGGAUACAAUGAUGGCUACUGAAUUCUUGUCAUCUCUCUCAUGCUUGAAUUUUAUUGAUCCUUUAUUAAAUGAUCAAUUGUUUCAAGAUCAAGUCCUAGUUUUAAUUAAUGACAUUCAAAAUAAAUUGAAUAAUACAUUUGAAAUCCAUCAGUUAGAAGGAAAGCAAACUUCUUUACUCCAAGAGCCCUUACAUAGAAUUCUUCUUUGUGAAAUAAGAUUAUUAAAACACAUUUUAACAAUUAUAACUCAAAAUUUAAAUAAUUUGAAUUUAGCAUUUGAUGGUUAUCUUCCAUUUACUGAUUCUUUAAAUACCAUAUCAGAAGAAAUAUACAAAUGUAAAGUUCCAAAUACUUGGAAGAAGUUACAAAGUAUUAAUGUAACAGACAAUCUAGGAUAUUAUAUUAAUAAUUUAGUAAAACGUAUAGAAUUUCUUCAACAGUGGUGGAAUGAAGAUUGUCCUAAAAUUGUUUGGCUUGAUGCAUUAUUUUUUGGAAAAAUGUUUUUUUCUGCUAUUUCAUUAUCGUUUUCUAAAAAAUAUAAUGUACCUAUUGAAGAAGUCUGCCUUGAAUUUGAAGUUAUAAUUGAAGAAGAAACUGAUACAAAAAGUGAUGUUUAUUUUAUUCGUGGUUUGCAUUUAUCUGGUGCUCAAUGGAAUGUUAAAAAAAAUAUAUUAGCAGAAAAUUCCACGAACGUAUUCUGGCAGAAUAUGCCACCUAUAUGUGUUAAAUUUUUACAAAAUAAGAAAGAUACAGACAAAGCUUAUGAAUGUCCUGUCUAUGUAGCUGCUAUUCAACGUACCGAUAAAAAUAUUAAAUCUACAUCGCAGAAUUAUGUAAUUAGUAUACCUUUAAUAACAGACGGACAUGAAGCUCAUUGGAUAAAAUGUGGUACGGCAUUAUUUUGUCAUACCUCAUAA